AUGUCAUCCAUUUCCGGUCGGCCUCUGCAAGAGGUUUGGCAUGCGAGAAAUUCGGGCGUUACGGAUCCCGACAUCUUACACGCCCACAGAGUCCGCGCGUUGGAAGGCAUCGCCUUGGCCAUGGUCCAGCUAGGCAAAUACAACUUCGGUCAAGGAGGCUGUCCUCUAUAUGAUUCGAAAGGAAACAUCUCUGGAAUUGGUUCGAUGCGCUCGACUGAUUGUCAGGUAGAGCUUGACCGACUGUUUGUCGAUGGUGAUCCAUGUGACGAUCCCAUCUAUGUUGAGAAGCCAGUUUCGCUGGAUACAAAGGAAUUUUAUACCUUUUUCAUGGAACUCCACCCGUCCACUCAUCUCGUCCCCCGGGGAUUAGACAUCCUUCUGCGUCAACUCAUUGACUGGCUUCCUAAAGUGCCCGGCCCCAACCCAUUCGUCCUCGCCCAUCCCGAUUUCGACAUCCAAAACGUCCUGGUCUCAGACGAUGGUCAGCUUCAGGGUAUCAUCGACUGGGAUGGGGUCGCGGCUGUGCCUCGCAGCACUGGCAAUGAGUGUUAUCCCUCGUGGCUUACUCGUGACUGGGAUCCCAUGAGUUAUCACUACCAGGAGCCGACAGAAGACGACGAGGAGCCGCCCAUCAACACCGAGGACUCACCUGAAAACCUCAAGAAAUAUCGCCAAGUCUACCGGGAGUGCUUCAAGAAGGCUCAGGAGCAGGGUGAAGCUGGGAACGACGACAUUACACGUCAGAGUCUGAUUGCUGAUAAUUUGGCCAUCGCAGCUGCGGAUGUGACCUGUCGGGCUGCUAUCUUGUCUACGGUCGUGCAGAAGGCCUCGGCUGCCAUGGAUUUGGAUGAAGAUGAUGAGCUCUCACUCCUGGAUUUAGCAGAAGGUCUCGCCGAGGACGAGUUGGAGGAAUCGCUUUUGGAAACCUUGAAGUGCGGGUUUGAAAAGCUUCUGCAAAUGCCUCUUUAG